CUGCACGGUGCAGGCUUGUCGUUGCUCGGCUCGGGUCGCCGAAAUCCCUCUCCUCCUGCCCGCUGUUCAGAUCCCCCGAUUUCCUUGAGGAUCACCACCACCAUCAUCAACAACAACAACAACAAAAACACAAAAACAACAGCAAAACACGAAACAAGAAGAAGCACACACACACACACACACACACAAAAGCCAACACCAAAUCCUAUCCCCUCCUCUUGCUAUUUGGAUUUCCUUCCCUACCCCUCCCCCUUCAGUUUCUUUGGGUCUUGUGCCUCUCUCUCCCCCACACAGACACAGACACACACACACACAGGCACGCACGGUGUGAAUGGUUUUACUUGCCGCUGUGCCACAAGGAGCUGCUGAUGGUUUCCAAAGUCCCACCACCACGCAAAUCCCUCCUUUAGCUUGAAGCUGAAGAUCAUGGACUGUAUGUUUGGAUUCGGGAUGCAUUUUUCUCACAGUCGCUUCGUUUCUUGAAAUUUCACCCGGUGUUGAGGGAAAGCUAAGAGAAUGAAGGCUCUAAGUCCCCAGUGGAAGCAUGAUAUGGCGAUGCAGUGCUGGUGCUGAAUUGUUCUCUCUGAUGGCUCUAUGGGAGUGGAUAGCACUGAGUCUUCAUUGCUGGGUUUUAGCGGUUGCUGCUGUUUCGGAUCAGCAUGCCACAAGCCCCUUCGACUGGCUCCUCUCUGAUAAGGGACCCUUCCAUCGCUCACAGGAAUACACAGAUUUUGUGGACAGAAGUCGACAGGGAUUUAGCACAAGAUACAAGAUUUACAGAGAGUUUGGCCGCUGGAAAGUAAACAAUCUUGCUGUUGAAAGAAGAAAUUUCCUUGGCUCCCCACUGCCACUUGCCCCUGAAUUCUUCCGUAACAUAAGGCUACUAGGACGCCGCCCGACACUUCAACAGAUCACAGAAAACCUUAUCAAGAAGUAUGGGACACACUUCCUACUAUCAGCUACCUUGGGAGGAGAGGAGUCACUCACAAUUUUUGUGGACAAAAGGAAGCUGAGCAAGAGGUCAGAAGGAAGUGAUCCCAGCACCAACAGCUCUGCAGUGACUCUGGAGACUCUGCACCAGCUUGCAGCCUCCUACUUCAUUGACAGGGACAGCACUCUGCGCAGACUCCACCACAUCCAGAUAGCCUCCACUGCCAUAAAGGUAACAGAAACGCGGACUGGUCCUCUUGGCUGCAGUAACUAUGACAACCUAGAUUCUGUCAGUUCUGUUCUGGUUCAGAGUCCUGAAAAUAAGAUUCAGUUGCAAGGUCUUCAGGUCAUCCUCCCUGAGUAUCUUCAAGAACAUUUUGUCCAGGCAGCUCUGAGCUAUAUUGCCUGCAAUUCAGAGGGGGAGUUCAUUUGCAAGGACAAUGACUGCUGGUGUCAGUGUGGCCCCAAAUUCCCAGAGUGCAACUGUCCCUACAUGGACAUUCAAGCCAUGGAAGAAAAUCUGCUCCGCAUAAGUGAAACUUGGAAUGCAUACAACAGUGAAUUUGAAGAAUCUGAUGAAUUCAAAUUAUUUAUGAAGAGGCUGCCCAUGAAUUAUUUCUUGAACACAUCUACUGUAAUGCAUUUGUGGACAAUGGAUUCUAAUUUUCAACGUCGAUAUGAACAACUAGAAAACAGCAUGAAGCAGCUCUUCCUCAAGGCACAGAAAAUUGUUCACAAGCUCUUUGGCCUUAGUAAGAGAUGCCAUAAACAGCCACUCAUCCGCAUGCCAAGGCAAAGAUCUUCCAACUAUUGGCUCAACCGCAUCCAGUCCUUUCUCUACUGCAAUGAAAAUGGCCUCCUGGGGAGCUUUUCUGAAGAGACUCACACAUGUACCUGCCCUAAUGAUCAAGUUGCCUGCCAUGGGUUCCUUCCCUGCACGAUUGGAGAUGGUUCUGCAUGUUUGAGCUGUGCCCCUGACAACCGCACCCGCUGUGGGAGCUGCAAUGCUGGAUACAUGCUAAGCCAAGGGAUUUGCAAGCCUGAAGUGGCAGAAUCAACAGAACACUACAUUGGGUUUGAGACUGAUCUUCAGGACUUGGAAAUGAAGUAUUUACUGCAGAAGACAGAUCGGAGAAUUGAGGUCCAUGCAAUUUUCAUCAGCAAUGACAUGCGCCUCAACAGCUGGUUUGAUCCUUCCUGGCGCAAGCGGAUGCUCCUUACCCUUAAGAGUAACAAGUACAAGUCUAGCCUGGUUCAUAUGAUACUGGGCCUCUCUCUUCAAAUCUGCCUAACUAAAAACAGCACCUUAGAGCCUGUUCUUGCUGUUUACAUCAACCCUUUUGGGGGCAGCCACUCUGAGAGCUGGUUUAUGCCUGUGAAUGAAAAUAAUUUCCCAGACUGGGAGCGGACUAAGCUGGACUUACCCCUUCAGUGUUAUAACUGGACACUGACUCUGGGCAACAAGUGGAAGACAUUUUUUGAAACAGUACACAUCUAUCUGAGGAGUCGAAUAAAGUCAAAUGGUCCAAAUGGCAAUGAGAGCAUCUACUAUGAACCCCUGGAAUUUAUUGAUCCCUCAAGAAAUCUGGGCUACAUGAAAAUCAAUAACAUCCAAGUGUUUGGCUACAGCAUGCACUUUGACCCAGAAGCAAUUCGAGACUUGAUUUUGCAGCUGGACUACCCCUAUACUCAGGGAUCACAGGACUCAGCACUUUUGCAGCUGUUAGAGAUACGUGAUCGUGUAAAUAAACUCUCUCCACCUGGUCAACGUCGUCUAGACCUCUUCUCUUGCUUGCUCCGUCAUAGACUCAAACUGUCUACCAGUGAAGUGGUGAGGAUUCAAUCUGCUUUGCAGGCAUUUAAUGCCAAAUUGCCAAACACAGUGGAUUAUGACACAACCAAAUUAUGUAGUUAACCAUAAAUGUGAAGCACAACACAAAACCUUGAAGGAGUUUUUACAGUGCUUUUGUGGAACAGUUUAUGUUUGGAAGAGUAAAUUUAAAUUGUCUUUUCAAUAUCUGUCUUAUAUCAGUCAAUACUGUUGGAUGGCAAUUUACACACAUGAACUUGCUGACAAUUAAUAUAUUAUACCUGCAGUUUUGGUUUAUGAAUGAAAUAAAUACUGACACCAGUCUAGAAGACAUUCUACUUUUUACAAUAAAUUUCAUUUGUAAUUUUAUAUGUUCCGUGGCAAUGCUUUUGUGCAUUACAUCCUCUAGAGGGAACAUAGAAGGAUACCAAUAAAAUUUUGUAGCUGAACAGUUAUU